CCGGGGCGGCCGCAGUUCAGUGAUCCGACGGGGGCCAUGAACACAACCGCAGACGUCGAGCCCAGCCGCGGUCCAGUCGAAGAUGUAAUCAAAAGGCUGACGACAAGUCGAGGAAUUGGAUCGCUGGUGCCGUUGUCGUCGUCGUCGUCAUCGUUUGUGUUCACGGGUUGUUCAACAAUGAAUAGCUGACAAAAUGUUGCAGAUCAAAAAAGAAUCCAUAAAAAGGGAGAGCCCUGAGGCCCCUACUCCUGAUAGUACAACUGUUGAAAGCAAGAGUUAUAUUUGUGGAGAGGAAGUAUUGGUUCAUCUAAAUGAUGAACGAUUUUAUUUAGGAUUUAUAGCAAAAUUGAGGUAUAAAGAAUCUAAAUGCUUAGUUAAGUUUGGCGAUAAUACAGUAAAAUGGGUAUUUUUAAAAAAUGUCACACGAAUGACAUGUACGAGUACGACUACCCAAUUUUGCAAUGUGUGCAAUAUCGAGGCUAUGUCAGAUGAUAUUUGUGUAUGUGAUAAAUGUGCUAAUGUAUAUCAUCGUAAAUGUCACAAGCCGGAGGUUGUAAUUCCAGAUAUUUCUGUAUGGAUAUGUUUCCAAUGCAAGGAAAAACAACAGAUUAAUAGACUGCAAGUUAUAAACUCUGUAUCAAGCACAAUUGUUCCAAAACCUGUUAAACUACCUUAUGAUUUAAAUGCUUUACAAUGGGACAUACAUCAUCGUAUUAACAAUUUAGGAACCUAUUGCUAUUGUGGAGGACCAGGUGACUGGUUUAUCAAUAUGCUGCAAUGUGGUAAAUGUUUACAAUGGUUUCAUGAAAAAUGUGUUACUUCAUUGGUAUAUCCUUUGUAUCUCGGCGAUAGGUUUUAUGUAUUUUUGUGCUCGGUGUGCAACGUAGGUACAGAAUUUGUUCGCCGUAUUGAAAUGGAAUGGUCAGAUUUAGUUCAUCUUGCCCUUUUUAAUAUGACUGCUUAUAAACCACAGAAAUAUUAUGAUGUGGACUUAAAUAUACUUCCAUACUUAGAUAACCAUUGGACUUCAAUGUAUCUACCUCCUAAAAUUCUUAAUGUUCCUGUUGAUGACAGGAAAGUUUAUGUUGUCAAUUCCCUGCUCAAAGACACCAAUCAUAGGUUUGAAUUCCAGGGUAAAAAACCCACAAACAUGUGGGGACUCCGACUGAAGUUGCCACCUAAGCCCCCACGUUUUACGUUACCUGCAGAAGUUCCAAUUAAUGAGAAUCUUUUGCAUCACCAAUUGCGCAAUAAACUAAACCUCAGUAUAUUACCACCUCCAAAAAAGACUGAUUUUGUUUUAAACGAACGACUUACCGAGUCAAUGUAUUCAGUGGAAGGAUUGAAAUUUUUACAUCAAGAUUCACAUGUUGUUAUGUUACCAAAAGGCCUUCCAUCGGUUGGACAUAAUGUAUGUAUUAAAAGUGCCAGUCCAAUUGUACCUGUUCCAAGAUCUGUAAUUGAAAGACGGAUUAGACAACAACAAAUAGAGACAAAUAAACGAAGUUCUCGAAGUUCUAGUGUGGUUACUAAUAAAGUUAAAAAAUCAAUAAAAAAAGAAAAAGUUCCUGAAAGUCGAUCACCAUCACGUUCAACUGAAAGUACUCCAGAAAAAUAUAUAUCUGCAUCUGAAGAACUGACUAGUGAAGAUGAACCAGAUGAUGAUGAAGAUCUUGAUGACGAAGAUGAUAUUGAUUCGUUACGUACAACUGACCUUCAGAGCCGCCGUAGUCAAAGACUUAGUGUCAAUCGUUUAUUAAAUGGGCGACCAAUGGCUAGAUCAUCACUUUCAUGUGAGACACGUUCUGCUUCAUCAAUUACUUUGCCACUCUCUUUAGCACCUGUAAUUACUCAACCACAAGUUCGCACUACCAAACGACGUUUAAGUGAAAAAGAUUUACGAGUUGAUCGUAAUGGACAAUAUUUAGUUAAACGCAAGAGGUUACGUCGAAAUGGCAUACAUAAUAGUGGUUCAACUCCAACAAAACGGCAGUCUAAGACCAACUGUAAUGGUCGUCCAAUGUAUAAAUCGUAUUCAGAUUUUUUUGCAAAUCAUAGUCACUCUGUAAAUAGACCUUGUUCACCUGAGAAUACUAUAGACUCUACAGCUGAUCUUAAAACUCUUGUACAUUCGUAUUUCGGUGCUAGUAAUAGAAUCGCUAAUGGUGAAGAAUAUACUAUAUUAUGCAAAAGAACUAAUCCAGAUGGGUCAGAAGAAUUUCUAAUUAGAUGGGAUUAGUAUAUUCUAUAUAAUUGUAAACGACAAUUUUAUUUAAUUUACGUAAAUUUCAAAAUUCCCAUAAAAUAAAAAUAAAAUGUUAAUACAUUUUAAUAACCGGAUUUUAAUGAUGAUUGUAUAAGCUGUUAUGCUUUAACAUUCUGUUACUUUUACCAAACUCUUGGUAUUUGACUGUUAUUAUCAACGUUCCUGAUUUGAUUCUUAAUUUCCUAUUCAUUGUGAUGAGAGUUGUAUUAAAUUUGUAUUGUUAUAAACAAUAUUAUAUUUUUAGAUGGAAUGUUGACAAUAAUUGGUUAAUACAAAAAUGAUUCCUAUAUAUUAACACAAUAUGUUAAUAAAAAUACAUCGGAAUUGGCUCAGUUUUAUACCAUUGAUUUACAUUAUCCAAACGCAUUAUAGUUUAUUCUUAAUAAGUUGUGUUUUUUGGUAUUGUUUUUAAAAAUUAUGGUUUUAUUUCAACUGUCACAAAUAUUAUGACUAUAAUAAUUUCCUACUACUUAUUAAUUACUUUCAUAAGAUAGUGAAUGUGUACGGUCGCACAAGGUUUUAAGUGAAUAUUUUAAAUCAAGCGAGUGUAAAAAAGAACAAGUUGUAUUUAUUAUUAUUAUUAUAUAUUUUUUAACGUAAAUUGUGUUCAUAUUUUUAGUCUAGUGAUAUUGGCUUUGAUAGCUAUGGUAAUUUUUUGGGUGAAAUUACCUCAUCACAUUGUACUGGUCCUCAACCCAUCCCAUAGUAUGUAAUUUUCUAAUUUUUUAUUUUAAACUUUUUCUUAAAAAGUUAACGUAAUUGAAUAUUUAAUCAUUGCUUAAUGAAUAUACGUACAUUUAUUUAACAUAAAAUGAUGGUAAAUUUAAUUUAUUAGAAAAAAUUAUUUAUGAUUUAGGGGUGUAAUUCAAUUGUUUGUACCUAUGGGUUAUCUAGUAUCGUGUAAAUAAAUUUAGUGUAAUUUUUACCUAUGAAACAUUUUUAAUUUUAAUUGAAGUAAGGAUUGUAUGCGUUAAGACUGAAACAUGUGUCCAAACGUGAAAAUGAUUAUUUCUGGUGUGGUUUUAAAGUCAUGGCAUUUGAGAACUUUAAAAAUAAGUGAAAUUUUUUUUAUGGGUAGUUAUUAUAAAAUGUUCUAGUGUUUUGUUUAUACAUUCUAUGGGUUUGAAAUUGUGUUGUAGAUCUCGAAAUUUUUUUUUUUUUCAAUGCAUAUUUUUUGUUAUGAAUUUUAUUUCUCAUAACAUUGAAAUGUCCAAUAUCUUGGGAAAUGUCAUAAAGAUAUACUCUCGUCCAUUUUUAAUAAUUAUUCUUAAGAAACAUGUUUAAAUUUGUAAUGAUAUUUUGAUACUUUUCUUUACAAAUAAUAACAUUCAAAAAGUACAAUUUUUUGCCAUACAUAUUAAGCUCGUUCUAUUAGUAUUUUAAUUUAUAACAAAUAAAUAUAUAUUUUUUUUGUGUGAAAGGAUAUUUUUUAUAUAACAGGUUUUUAAGUACAAAUACAGUAACUAUUUAAAAUAUCUAUACAAUUAAUUGAUGUUCUUUUAUGUAAAAUUAUCAAUGAUUAAUUAUGUAAAUUAUCACUGCCAUUGAGAUGACUGUUAAUUAUAUCAUUUAGACUUUAAAUUUUAUUUUGGCUGCCUGAAAUUAUAAUUUUAAACAUUUUUUUUUAAUGUUCUUCGACAUAAAGAUGAUGCAUGUUCCUAUAAUUAUUAUUUUUCAAUAAAAAUAUAUUAUUUUAGUUCUCCAAAUCAUACUUAGCAUAAAGUAAUCCAAACUCAACAUUAUCUAAAAUAGUUUAUAAUGAAUUUAUUAUCUAUAACCAUGUAUGUUAAUUAAGUCUGCAAUACCGCUUUAUACUUUAGAACGAAUUAUUAUUAUUAUUAUUUUUUUUUUUAACUCCAUCUUAAUAUUAUAUUAAUUAAAAUGUUACACAUAGUCAUGUAGCUUUUUAUAGAUGAGAUACCUUUUCAGAACCCAAUAAAUCUUAAUGUGUGAUGAUGUAUAAUUAUUUAUUGAUUAUAAUAAAAAUUAAUUCUUAUCUAUGUAUUUAAAGAAUAUUGUUUCAAAGGAAUUAUGAUAUUUAAUUAUAAAGGAAUAUUUAUUAAUUUAUAAAUGUGUAUGACGUAUGUAUGUACAUUUAUAUACAUUAUUAUGUGAUUGUAUGUAUUUUUAAUAGAAUUUAAGAAAAGGCGUUUGAGAAAUUGAAAUACAAGUUUUUUAUUUUA